AUGUCGGCAGAGUAUGAUGAUGUAUUGACCAACCAGCCUGUUGUUAUCGACAAUGGGUCGGGAACUAUGAAAGCUGGAUUUGCAGGCCAAGAUCAUCCAAAGUGCUUCUUCCCUUCUUUCGUCGGUCGACCAAAACACCCGCGCGUAAUGGCUGGCGCGCUCGAAGGCGACACAUUUAUUGGCCGACGAGCUCAAGAAUAUAGAGGCCUACUUAAGAUUAAAUAUCCAAUUGAACACGGAAUUGUCACCGAUUGGGAUGAUAUGGAGAGGAUAUGGAGCUGGGUUUAUACUGAGGAAUUAGGCACUCUGAGUGAGGAGCACCCUGUACUAUUAACUGAAGCACCACUCAAUCCUCGCGCGAACCGAGACGUUGCCGCCCAAAUCUUUUUCGACACGUUUAAUGUACCAGCAUUAUACACUAGCGUCCAGGCCGUCCUUAGCUUGUAUGCAUCUGGCCGAACGACGGGAAUAGUACUUGACUCGGGGGAUGGUGUCACCCACGCGGUCCCCGUUUUUGAGGGAUUCUCGAUGCCCCACGCGAUCCGAAGGGUGGAUGUCGCCGGGCGAGAUGUCACAGACCACCUUCAGCUCCUACUACGGAAAGCCGGACACAACCUACACACUACAGCUGAGCGCGAGGUCGUAAGGACAAUAAAGGAAAAGUGUUGUUACGUUGCAUUGAACCCUGCGAAAGAGGAAAAGGAAGUUGGAGGCAGAUGGGAAGAAUUUAAGCUACCGGACGGGAACGCGGUGCAGCUGGGACCCGAGCGAUUCAAAGCACCAGAAAUAUUAUUUAAUCCUGAGUUAAUUGGACAAGAGUACGCAGGGGUACACCAAGUAGUGGUGGACUCCGUGAACCGAGUGGAUCUCGAUUUACGAAAGAAUCUAUUUACGAACAUCGUGCUGAGCGGGGGUUCGACACUGUGCAAAGGGUUCGGAGAUCGAUUACUGAACGAGGUGAAGAAACUUGCAUUGAAAGAUGUGAAGAUUAAGAUUUAUGCGCCUCCGGAACGAAAAUAUUCUACAUGGAUUGGAGGAUCUAUUUUGGCUGGAUUGAGUACGUUCAAAAAGAUGUGGAUCAGCGCAGAAGAGUACCAAGAAGACCCGGAUAUCAUCCACAAAAAAUCGAAUUUCUAG